AUGGGACUCCCGCCAUGGGAGACUAGCGAUAGCCAGCUCUUUGCAUUGAUCACCGGCGCCAACAGUGGCCUCGGGUUUUCAAUUGCUUCACGACUCAUCGACGAAUUCCUCACCUCCCCCUCGACGUCUCCAAACAAGCAUCUGGUUCUAGUCCUCUGCACUCGAACCCCCAUCAAGACACGCUACACAAUCUCCCGGCUGCGAUCCCAUCUCAGGAAACUGGUUGAAUAUUCGGCGUUCGCGACAAGCCUUCGCGAGAAAGCCAAAGCCCAGGGAACGGAGUACAGAUGGGAGGAGGUGGUUCAGAGAGUGCACUUCCUAGGCGUGGAAGCUGACCUCUGUAAUCUGCGGAGCGUGUAUGCGCUCGCCGAUAGACUGGUCAAUGGCACGAUAGGGAGUCCCGAUGCUACUACCAUUGAUGGGUUGAGGCUCCCGCAUGGAUCCCCAGGCACGCAGAGUUUUUCGGAAGAUGCGACGCAGGAUCGUUGGGCGCUGAGUAAGGAACGUGGGUCUAUUGGUGCGCAAAGAUCUUGGGGCUGGGGUUUGAGCGGCCUCCGUCUGCCAAGAUUGGACGUGGUGAUCCUGAGUGCGGGGAUGGGAGGCUGGGUUGGUGUUGACUGGCUACCUGCAGUCCGAGAUGUCUUGUUUGACACAGUGGAAGCUGUGACAUGGCCAAAAUUCAAACUACCAAAUGUUGGGGCUGUCGUGAGGUCCCAAUCAUCUUUUAAGGCGAAAAAGUUAUCAGAUGAAGAAGAAAAACCUUUACUUUCGAAUCAGGCAAAGCCCGAUGAACCUCCUCUGGGCGAGGUCUUCUGCUCCAAUGUGUUUGGGCAUUACAUCCUUGCUCAUGAGCUAAUGCCACUUCUCUCCCGUCCUGCUUCGUCUUCCUCUCAUGCUGGUGGGAAAAUCAUUUGGGUCUCUAGUGUUGAGGCCCUCUCGGAGCAUCUCAACAUCGAUGAUAUCCAGGGCCUCGAAUCUCAAACGCCCUACGAAGAUACAAAACGUCUGAUUGACGUGCUAUCCUUGACCUCUUCUCUACCAUCUACUCAGCGUAUUGUAGCACCAUUCUUCGACAGCUCGAAUAUUGUUACCAAAACCGAAAGCGACGCUGGGGAGGAGAAACUACCAUCGGUGAAGCCAACGAUGUAUUUGACACACCCUGGUAUUUUUGCUUCAGAGAUUAUGCCCCUGAAUGUCUUUUUGGUCUGGAUUUAUAAAUUUGUCUUUUUGUUCGUACGAUGGUUGGGCAGCCCCUGGCAUACAAUCGAGCCCUACAAAGCAGCAGUUGCACCUGUCUGGUUGGCGCUCACCGACACGGAGAAACUCGAUGUUAUCGAGGGUGAUGGGACUAAGAAGGCAAAAUGGGGGUCUGCAACCGACAGAGGUGGUGAAGAAAGAGUCAUGAAGACAGAAGUGGCUGGUUGGGGAUGGGAUGGCACUCUUGAGAACGCAGAUGAUAUUGCGAGAAGGAAGGGGAGGAAGAGAGGCGUUGUUGAUAUGACGAAAGAGGCACGAGAAGAUUUUGAAGUGCUGGGGAUUAAAUGCUGGUCCCAGAUGGAGGAUUUGAGGAAGAAGUGGGAGGAUAUUCUUGGAGUCAAGAGCUCCAAGAAAGUGUAA